CAGAAACGGGGGAGCUGGUAUUGAUCACAUACCCUACAAUCUAUCAGCACUAAAAAAAUACACAAAAAUCAAAAAUUAAACAAAGCAUAAUGCAGUGAAACUGCUUUUAUAGUAUUAUGUAUGGCUUAGAAUGAGUUAUAUUUAACUAGAAUUCAAAGUUUGUUUACACGUCCUCCCCUACAGUGCAGAAAGCUACGGAAUAAAGCGCCAAAUCUGAAAACACGGACAGGAAGAAAACACCCAUAUGUUGUUAGGUCAUAUAAUUACUGUUCACCCAUCCAGAAUACUUCAUGUCUGAGUGGUCAGGUUCAGUCUUCAGAUGAACGUGAUGCUCAAUCCGGAUCAGGUGUCCUUCAUAGGACUGGCGUUUGAGACUUAUGUGAUGGAGCACCACAAGAAUGACAUCCUACAGAUCUUCCAGGAGGCCAGUGAAGAUUCUCACUAUCCUGUUGUAGUGAAUGCCAUGACCUUAUUUGAGGACAAUAUGGAGGUUGGAGAGUGUUUCAAUGCGUUCCCUAGCCAGGUGCUGCCUAUAUUUGACAAUGCCCUACAGAGAGUAGCCCAGACCAUAUCUCAGUCUUCUUCCUCAACGCAGGAGAGUUUCAAACUCAAACACAAUCUGCAUGUUCGUAUAUCAGGUUUACCUAUGUGUCCCGAGCUGACCAGAGAUCACAUUCCUAAAGCUAGAGACGUGGGUCACUUCCUCUCCGUCACGGGCACGGUCAUCCGCACCAGUGUGACUAAAGUGCUGGAGUAUGAGAGAGACUACAUGUGCAAUAAAUGCAGGCACGUGUUCUCCAUGCAGGCCUCUUUUGAGCAGUUUUACACCUUUACUCCACCCACCAGUUGCCCCAAUGAGGAAGGAUGUAAUUCUUUCAAAUUCACCUGCCUGUCAGGAAGUGACGCCCCUCCAGCCGCCUGCAAGGACUACCAGGAGAUCAAAAUCCAAGAGCAGGUACAGAAACUGUCAGUGGGCAGUAUCCCUCGAUCUAUGCUCAUCAUCCUGGAGGACGAUCUUGUGGACAGCUGUAAAUCAGGCGAUGACAUCACAGUGUAUGGCGUUGUGUGUCAGCGCUGGAAGCCGAUGUUUCUGGAUUGCCGCUGUGAUGUGGAGAUUGUGCUGAAAGCAAACUAUAUCGAGGUCAACAAUGAGCAGUCUAGCACUGCACUAGUGCUGGAAGACAUCCAGAAGGAGUUUGAAGAUUUCUGGGACAGUCACAAACAUGACCCCAUUGCUGGCAGGAAUGAGAUCUUGAUGAAUCUCUGCCCUCAGGUGUUCGGCAUGUACGUCGUCAAGCUGGCUGUUGCUAUGGUUUUGGCAGGUGGGGUACAGAGAAUAGAUGCAUCUGGAACCAAGGUGAGAGGAGAGUCUCAUCUGUUGCUCGUGGGUGAUCCAGGCACUGGGAAGUCACAGUUUCUGAAGUAUGCAGCUAAGAUUACACCACGCUCUGUGCUUACUGCAGGAAUCGGAUCUACUAAUGCAGGUCUGACAGUGGCGGCUGUUAAGGACUCUGGAGAGUGGCAUCUGGAGGCAGGAGCCCUUGUUCUCUCUGAUGGAGGUCUGUGCUGCAUCGAUGAAUUCAACAGCAUCAAAGAACAUGACCGCACCAGCAUCCACGAGGCCAUGGAGCAACAAACUAUCAGCGUGGCAAAAGCCGGAAUGGUGUGCAAACUGGACACAAGGACCACCAUCCUGGCUGCUACAAACCCAAAGGGGCAGUAUGACCCUAAUGUGUCCGUUUCUGUGAACGUGGCCCUCGCCAGCCCCCUCUUGAGCCGCUUUGACCUCGUACUGGUUCUGCUGGAUACUAAAAACCCAGAAUGGGACAAAAUAAUCUCCUCAUUUAUCCUGCAGAACAAAGGAGCGCCAAGUGCGUCUUCAUGUUUAUGGAGUAUGGAGAAGAUGAGGGCCUAUUUCUGUCUGAUCAAGACGCUUAAGCCUUGUAUGACACAGGAAGCAAACACCAUCCUGAGCCGCUACUAUCAGCUGCAGAGACAGAGCGACAGCCGGAACGCCGCCCGGACGACCAUCCGCAUGCUGGAGAGUCUCAGCCGUCUCGCUGAGGCUCAUGCCAGGCUGAUGUUCAGAGAGACAGUGACCGUAGAGGAUGCGGUUGUUGUGGUGUCUGUUAUGGAGUGCUCCAUGCAGGGAGGCGCUCUUCUUGGAAAUGUGAGCGCUCUACACACCUCUUUUCCUGAUGACCCCUGUGAACAGUAUAAAACACAGUGUGAGAUUGUGCUUGAGAGGCUGGGAUUGACUGAUAUCCUGCAGAAAGAACUGAAAAGACUUUCAAGGCUAGAUAGCAGAAGACCAUACUCCCCUAAAGAGACCGAAUCCUGUAGUGACCACACCAGUCAGCCUCCAACUGGUCAGAAUCACAGUAAUGGUGAGGUGACCACUGAUCCAGACCCCAGCCUGGACUGGUUCCACUCUUUAUCCAGCGCGACUGGAACUGGCUCCAUCGUUCACACCUCCUCCAUCAUUACCUCCACACAGAAUGCCACCACUACACUGGGUGGCACGACUGUGUUGCCUAGCAACAACCGUUCCAUGCGCUGCAAGGGUUCUGUGUGGGAGAAGGAUGACGAUCCAUCCCUGGUUGAGGCUGUUGUGGAAAAGGGCUUCAAAAAGCUCAGAGCCAAACGGUUGAAAGAGAUGAAAGCAUCCCUCCUGCUGAGCGAGGAACGAGUUUUAGGAGAGACAGGUGAUGAUUUAGAGGAUAUUUUCUCCCACAGCACACCCAAAACGAGGAAGAAACCCUCAAAAAGAAAAAACACAACCACCAGUCCUCCUGACAUCAGAGCCGAUAGCGGAGAGGAUUUACACAGCAAACUCACAACCUUCACAUUCAAGCCCAGAGAGAGAUUGACUCAUGCCGGUCAGUCAUUUGCGAAAACAAGUGGCAAAGUGGCGGUGCAUGAGGGAGCGAAACCUGCUGCACCUCAGAUGCCAGAAACACAGGCCCACAGUGAGAAUCGGUCAAGCUCAUGUCGUCCAGCAGAGGGGAGCAGAGCUUAUGAGAAACCCCGGCUAGGAACCAACAAUAAAACAGAAGACGUUUCCUCUCUGGUCUUAAAUGAUGUGAGCACAGCUCAGAAAGGGACGUCUGAGGACACUAAUCAUCAACGACAGCUGCUGUCCAGACUCAACAGCCUCUCUCCAGGUGAGGAGAAUGGCAACACUUAUAAACACCCACAAUCCCCACCAAAGACAGACCACCCAAAGGUGAAGGUGGCCAGUUCAACUCUGGCCAAACUUUCUAGAUUCUCUUUUACGGGCUCAUCUGAGGAAAAGCCUGGUGAUAAAACAGUCCCAGCUACAAACAGCAGUACAAACAAAGAGCCAGCAAACCCGCUUUCUGAAGACCAGGAGAACACAAGCACACUGACCAGGAAAAAUAAAACUACAGAUGCAAAGGCCACCACUGUGCAGACGGGCAACAUGAGGACAGAGCCCUCCGACAGACAGGAAGAAGCCGGAGAGAACGCUACAAAGAAGAGGAGAUGCUUUGAGUUGGGCUCCGGAGGCCCCGCAGGACUCCUCAAAGGUUUUUCACUGUUCGGCUCGUCUGUCAUAGACGAUGAAGAUCUAGAUGCUGACUGGAUCUGAUGCAGCAGGAGACGUUUGUCAUGUAUAUUUGCAGUAUAUGUAUUUCUUGUGUUUUUUUGUUCAUUUAAGUGCAGUGUGAUGUUUUAAUGGCUAAACAGAUUCUGAUGUCACAGUAAAAGAUACUUUAUUUGCACUUUUUUUCAUUUAGUAAAUAUCAGUUACAUUUUCAUGUCUGGUAUUUAUAUAUCCUUAGCAGUUUUUUUACAUGCAAGUUUUUUUUUUUUAAACGUUUAAGUUAUGUUUGUUUUUAAAUAUUUUUAUUGAAGCCGUUUCCGCCACUGAAUAAAAAUAAAAAAGGUAGUUGUGACUGUUUUACUCAUAAUUUUUACAUCAUAUAAUUCUGACUUUUUUCUCAGAAUUGCAGGUUGUCGUUUUUUUCCUUCAGAAUUGCCCGAUAUAAACUCACAAUUCUGCAUGGGAAAAAAAGAAUUAAAAGUUAUAUCUUACAAUUCUACCUUCAUAAUUAAUAAUUAAAUUAAAUUAAUUAAUAAAUUAAUUUAAAAAAAAGUCAGAAUUCUGAGAUUUUUCAGUAAUUUAUCUUCAUUUAGUGGCUGAAAUGGGCUUCUCUAAAAAAAAUAAAUAAAACCUACUUAAAAGGCCAAAUGCUAUUUUCAGCAUUGCUCUUGUUUUACAAUGAUAAACAUCUCACUUUUUUGCAAGAGCCCCCCCAACGUCCACUUACCCUGAUAAUCAAUGUUAUGUACCAAAAUCUCUGACCUUUAGAAUCAAACAUACUGUUUUUGCUACUUCACCUGUAAGAUUUCUAUAGUUAAAUUAUGUUAUGAUUGCUGAAUACAGAAUAGGUUGUAAACAACUAGGUGGUCAUGUUCAUUUCCACAUGGUUCUGACCUCAUAACCAUGAUGAUUUGUGAAUGACCCUUUUCAAAGCUUAUUUUUCGAAAAUGGUGUGUGUGCGUGUGCAAGGGAUCUCUAAAUUAGUCUUUAGUUAAAAUAAAUAAAUAAAUAAACAAUCGCAAUCCUUUUCUCACUUAGUAGCCAAUUCUAAACAUAUAGUAAAACAGUGCAAGAUAAUGGGGUCGGUUACAUUUAACAACUUAAUAAUGCAUGUUUAAUUGCCGUGCAGCGAUUUGUUGUACAGCAAUAGUGUAUUCGUCUUUCACCCAGCAAAAAUAAAGCCUGGCUAAAGGUGCCUUUCAGCCCAUGUAAAGCCAAAUAACCAUCGAAACACAUGCUUGAAUGCUUAGUGGAUGCUGUAAAAGAUGUUUUCAGGCUUGAGCAAUUUACCCCUUGGGAGCAAUAAAUGACACCAUGGUGAAGAGA